AUGGCCUCCCGUGUCCUUGUCUCUGGUCUCCCCCAGUCUCUCCCUCCCCUUCCCCUGGGGCCUGCCCCUACCUGCGUUCCCUGCGUCGAGGGGCGGCAGCGCGCCGCUCCUCACUCCUCCGAGUUUCCCCCGACGGAGGCUCCACUGCAGACUCUUCACAUGGACGUGUGGGGUCCAGCCCGCGUCCGUGGACAGGGUCACGAGCGUUACUUCCUCCUGGUCGUUGACGACUACUCGCGUUACACCACAGUCUUCCCCUUGCGCCGCAAGGAUGAGGUCACUGAGGUGUUGAUCGACUGGAUCCGCGUUGCUUGUCUCCAGCUCAGAGAGCGUUUCGGCUCGGACUUUCCUGUUCUGCGUCUGCACUCCGACAGAGGUGGAGAGUUUUCCUCCGACCUUCUGCGAGCCUUCUGUCGUGCAGAGGGCAUUCGCCAGACGUUCACGCUUCCGGCCUCUCCACAGCAAAAUGGGAUUGCUGAGCACCGCAUUGGCAUGGUCAUGGACGUCGCUCGUACGUCCAUGAUCCAUGCGGCUGCUCCCCAUUUUCUGUGGCCGUUCGCGGUUCAGUACGCUGCGCAUCAGAUCAACCUUCAGCAUCGUGUCUCCUUCCCGGAGACCACACCUACUCUGCGGUGGACGGGGAAGGUUGGCGAUGCGUCUGCGUUCCGUGUCUGGGGAUCUCGAGCUUUCGUCCGUGAUUUGUCUGCGGACAAGCUGUCCUCCCGUGCUGUUCCUUGCGUCUUCCUCGGCUUCCCCCCUGACGCGCCUAGUUGGCAGUUUUACCACCCCACCUCGCGUCGUGUUCUGUCCUCCCAGGACGCCACGUUUGACGAGUCGGUUCCGUACUACCGUCUCUUUCCCUACCGCGCUGCCCCCCUCCCCCCUCCGCCGCUCUUCCUCACGCCCGGUCCCCCCCCGGUAGACCCCCUCCCCCCUCAGGGUCCUGCCCCCUCAGGUGUGUCCCAGGUAGAUGCAGUCGAGCCUGUCGAGGUAGCUGUUGACUCUGGUGCUUCUGGGGGUGCUGAGCCUGAGCGUGCGGAGCCUGGGGGUGCUGGGCCUGGGGGUGCUGAGCCUGAGUCCUGA